AUGUCAGUCAAUCCAGAAGCUUUGCAAAAACUCCUUAUGGAGAUGGAUCAACAACUACAAAAGAAUAAAGCAGAACUUCAAAUGGUUCAAGUACAAUUAGAUAGAAAAACCGUUGAUUCUAAAGUGGCAGAAGUGACGCUGAAAGAAUUGGAAAAUGGUAGUGGUGGUGAUCAAGUUUGGGAAGGAGUUGGUAAAAUAUUUCUUUCUUCACCAAUAGAUGAUUACAAAAGUCGCUUACAAGAAGAUCAAAAAACACUUGCAGAACAAACAAAGGCCCUCAAGGUUAAAAAGGAUUAUCUUGCAACUUCUUUAGAGAAAACUGUUAGUAGUAUGAAUACAAUCAUAACUGGUAAACGUCCAGAAUAA